UACUCGAACAGAUAUACAUAUAGACUCGAGAGAGAUCACAGCAAACCGACGAAUCAUCGAUUGAAUCAAUAUGGCGACCACCACAAUCGCCCGAAUUCUCUCUUGCUUUUUCCUUCUCAACAUCGUCCUUCAACUCGCCACCACCUCCUUUGCUUUCCAGUCCGACGAACUCCUCGUCGACGACGACGAAUUCGGCCUCGAGGGCGGCCGCCUUCCCGAUCCGCCGCCCGAAACCCGCCCCGCCACUUCAACUCGCAGACGUUCCGCAGAAUCGGGUUCGGAUCUCGACUCCAAAAUACAGUUCCAGCUCGAGCACGCCUUUGGGGACUCCGAUUUCUCGCCCGCCGGGACUUUCACUGCUCGCCUCAAAACGUGGCCCAAUGGCGGCCAGACGCUAACGAAGCUUCGGUUCUCGAGGAAUGCCUUAAGUCAGACUGAUAAGGAGAAUUUCGAAAGACUUAUAGAAGGAGAUGACUUCUAUCAGAUAAGACUUCCAUCAAACUUGCUAAACCCGCCUGGAAGAGAGCACGUCAUCUCAUCUGUGAAGGCGAGAUGUCUUUCGCAGCGGGAUGCACUCGAUGAACAUUUUGUCAUAAACAUGGACGGUGUGAAUGUCUUGGGCGUUAAUUAUGGUCCACCUGGAUCUUGCCAAUAUCCCCGUGUAUCAAGACCUCCUACGAAGUGGUCUUUCAACUCUCAUACGCUUUUGAAGUAUAGUAAUGAGGUUCUUAGAACUCCAGUAUUUACAGAAGCAGUUCUUGGAGAGAACGGAGAAGGUGAAGAAUUGAAACCACCGGAGAGGUCCUUCUGGGCUAAAUAUUGGAUGUACUUAAUUCCUCUUGGGCUCAUAGUCAUGAAUGCCAUGACUCAAGCCAUGAACCUGCCUGAGGAACAGGGUGCUGGGCAACCAGGCUCGCAAGGCCCACAAGCAAUAUCAGGACGUGGUCAGGCUCCUGCAGUGCGAAGAAGAAACUAGUUAUUGACAGAUGGUCUGCGAGAAGGUCUUUCAGUUGCUGUAGGCAUUGUACUAGUGGAUCAAAGGAUCUCUGCUAUCGAAGAGGAAAUGCAUUACCAAGUAACAUUUCGUCCAGCAUAUUUGAAAAGACUGCUUCUAUUCAUCAAUGGAUGUAAUUUGUUAUGGUUGCUUUCAUUUAGGUUUCUCCAGUUUUUCUCUUUAGUUCUUCUUUCAGAAAUAUAGACCAGUCUAAAUUGUUUUAGCAUCUCAUGUUAGUAUCAAAAUUGUGGCAUGUCUGUGAAAAGAUAGACACACUUUAACUGUAACAUGAUAUUAAAUUACUAAUUGCUCCUUGAUAUUUGCACUGAAA